AUGGCAAACAUUGUGCCCGAUUCUAGUGCUGACACAAGCCUCGUGUGUAGCGCUCAUUGUCCGUUUCAAAAAGGCAACGUAUUUGGAUUAAUAAAUGUCAAAGAAUGUCGAGUGUCCAAGAAGCCGUGCAGUAUCUAUGGCCAUUUGCAAACAUGGCACAGAUUUCCAACGCCAGCGUGUCGAACAAUCAUCGAUGCUAUCAAGAAACAGUUGCCAACGUCAGCAAAUUUGAAUAUCGAUGAAGCGACGUUAUAUUUUCCCAAUCAAGCGCCAUGUGGAAAUCAGCAAGCUCAGUCGACAAUACAGCAGUCCGGAAGCACACAAAAUCAGACACUACAACUGAACAACAACGGUAACACUCAGGAUCUUGCUACGCUCGUGAGCUUGAUCACCAGCCCACUUAUUACGUUGACACAGCAAAUGCAGCAGCAACAGCAAAGUCUGACUAAACUACAACAACUGCUAGCUACAGACAUGGAAAGUCGCACUAAAGAUACUAGUGCUGUUCUGUCACCGCUUAUGCUGCCCGAUCUGCACAAUCUAUCAAAUGACAACGAAGAUCAGUCAGCUGGUGAAGAAGAAAAUAUUCCACCGUCCGAACCUUCGGUGGCAACUCUCACAAAGAAAAAAACGGCUGUCUCAACUCGGGAUGAUCUACCGAUCAUGGCUUCGCGUUCUCCAUCGCCUGCCUCAUCGCCUCCUCGUGCCACUGUAUCGAAGUCACUGAGAAAUCCUCCAAAAGCCACUGUCAGAAAAAAAAUCGAAGACGAUGAUGAGAAUACAUCGGAGGAAGAAGAUGGCUAUGUGGCGAUGGCAUUACCGGCCCGUCGGCCAGGAAAAGCAGCAGCAGCGUCGCCGCAGCGCAAAAUGCACGUUCCUAUUGCUGACGACAGUAAAAUGGCAUUCACGAACGAAAUGAUGAAUCAUCUCCUCGCGUACGGUCGAGACGAAGCACGAAAAAAUAUAAUUCGCAACUUUGAUGAUUUUCAAUCGGAUUCGAGUAGCGACACAGACGACGACGAAAGUGAUGAUAUCGACGAUAUAAUCGCCUCUCUUGAUAUGAACAAUAAAAUAAAAUUUUAUUCAACGUCUGCAUUGACUAUUCAUGCUGCAUGUCUUACAAUAAUAAAAUUGGCACGUCGUUUGAACUUGAACAAAAGUGGAAUCAAAGAAUUAUUAGAUAGCUUAAGGUCAUUAUUACCAAUG